GUAUUCUUGUCCAUGAGAUGGCCAUAGAAAUCGUAGAAUUAAGUUUUUAAUUUUGCAAUUUUAUUGAAUUGGUCAUUUGUUGAAACCAUAUGGGAACUUACGACAGAAUUCGUUAAUAUUGCGUUAAAACAAAAAGAUAACCUAUAUUUAUAAUUGGUACAUUUUCUUUUAUAAUGUGAUUAGUCGUUUAUUCUCCAAGAUUAUUCGCAUUGUGUUUUAUUGAUGACAAAAUUAAACUGACGUAUUGUAUUAUAAUAGCUAUGGAAGUUAAACAAAAGAUCAACAAUUCAAAGUGAGUAUUCAUUAUUUUAAUGUAGGUAAAUUAGGUAUUUAUACAAUUUUAAUAAUUUGGCACCUAUGACCUAAGUAGGUACCUAUUAUCAUCCAAGUUGUACAUUGCAUAUAAAUUCAUACAUACAUACUAACCUAACCUAACGCCGCUCAAAAUCGUUUUUCGUUGGCAAUAAUUAAUUGUUGUCCACAUAUAAUAUAUGUAUAUUAUAUAUUAAACUUCUCCUUAACCUUCCCAACUUUUCACCUACAACAGUGGUCCACCCACUUGUGAAGUAUGUAAGUCUUUUUAAUUCUGAUUUCUAAUAAUGGAAAAAUUUGUAAAUAAAAGCUUAAAAUUAUAUUUUUAAACAACUAGUUAAAGACAAAAAAAAAUUUAAAUUUUGUUAAUUUUACUGAACAGUCAGUAACACUAUUUCCUUAAGGAGUAUAAUGAGGACAAAACGAUAUUGGCACCAGUCACCUUAAUAUCGGUUUAUCUUUUUAUUUUGUCUGGAUUAAAACAAUAAGUUUCUGUACACUUCAAUUCUUGUUCCUUUCUAUUAGGUGGGAAUAUUAUGUAGUGCCCUUUUUACAAAUUGUUGGACAGUAUGACCCUUGUACCCUUAAACAAAAAUUAGAUCAUAAAUAAGGCAAUUAAUAUACAUUAUUGUUUUUAACUUAUCAGAUGUACAAUUAAAUCUGAAAAAGAAAUACAACAACCAAGUACACAAGCAAUUGAAAUAAAAAAAGAAAUUGAUUUAUUUAAUGAUUGCGAUUUUGGAAGUGUAUUAAUUGACAAUGAAAACCAACCACUACAGUAAGUUUUUUUUUUUUGAUUUUUUUAAUUAAAUUAAAUUAAACUAAAUUAAUCUGUAAAUGAUAUCAUUCCAUAUUACACAUGUCCUUAAAGUUAGCAAUACACAAUUAUUAAUAAUUAUAUCCAUAAUAAAGUGAUAAUAAUUGCAAAUAAGUUGGUCUAAUUGUAAACUGUUGGCAUUUUAUUUCUUUAAACAAAACAAAUACAUACACAGCGAAACAAAGCUAACCUAAGCUAACUAUGUAUAAGCAUUAUAAGUAGUCAACUUGGGAUUAACAAUGACCUAACCUUACUUAAAUUAGACAGAAAUUUAUAUUUUGCUUUUCUAGAUGUGAUAGAAUUUUCAUAUCAUUUGAGGUAUUUUUGAUCUAUUUUUAGACAUUUUAAUUUUUGGGAGUUUUUUACAAAUGUUUUAUUCGGUAGUUAGUGUGUGGAUAAAAUUAUUAGAACAAAUAAAAAUGAUUACAAAUUUAACAGGAGGUUCAUUAUCUUUGCUUACAUUGAAUUACCUAUAAUUGUGGCCUCAGCCGACCAGAUUAUCCUAGAACAACAUUUUUAAUACUGUUUUAAAUUACAUGGACUAUAGUAUAAUCUAUUUUCAUUUUAUGAUUAAAGUUUUUUUUGUUUAUAAUGUUUUUUAAAACAAUUUCCAUCUCUAUAGAUUUUUUGGUAUUCAUGCUAUAUUUAUAAUUAAUACGCAAACAUUUAUUUUUUAUGUAUAAAUUUAUGAUUUUCAAAAAAGUCAAUUAAGUAAUACCAUCCACCACAGGAAAUAAUUAGUUUAAUAUUUUUGAUAUUUUAUUUAAUUUUAAGUUCAAGGUAAUUAACAUACACUAUGAUUUUUAACUUUUUAGAUGUACAAUUAAAUCUGAAAAAGAAAUACAACAACCAAGAACACAAGCAAUAGAAAUAAAAAAAGAAAUUGAUUUAUUAAACGAUUGUGAGUUUGAAAGUGUAUUAAUUAACAAUGAAAACCAACCACUACUGUAAGUUUUUUUUUUCAUAUAGUUUUAACCAAACUAAAUUAAACUAAUUUAAUCAGUCAAUAAAUAAUGUCAAUUGACAAUAAUUGUUAAUAAGUUAUACUUAUUAAAAACUGUUGACAUUUUAUUUCUCUAAACAAAAAAAAAAUAUAUAAAUUGUACUACCUUUAGAAAAAGUUAGCAAAUAAAUAUUAUACAAAUUUAUUAAUUAUAAUUUUUUUUUUUUAUUUUUUUUUUUUAUUAGAAAUAAACAAUCUAUACCCUAGAGGCACAAUAGGUUUAUGUGGUUAGAGUAAAUAUAGUUUAAUUAAAUUAAUUAACAACUAAAAUAAUUAAAAAUAACUGGAUAUACUUGAUGUGAGAAGUCAUCCACUAAUGAUACUCACUAAAAAACUUAUAAACUUUUUUCUUUUUUUUUAUAUAUAUAUAGAAAAUUAUUUGGACAGGACUGAAACUCAGUCUACGGAUUAGCUGAUGGGAGGGGGAUGGGCAAGUAGGUCACGACACCAUUUCCGUUUUAGACGUCUAGGUGGGUUUCCAGGAAUAGAGAGGCCUACGAGAUUACAUAUUAACAGGUUGCUGUUGGAGGUAAGACGAUUGUGGAAGCGUUGGUAAUGCUAUGGCUUCUUCGCGCACUGAUUUGAUUUUUAAAUCGGAGUGGAUAGUAUGGUUUGAGACGUAAGGAGGAGCAUUUAUAAGUUUCCUGAGUGCAAUAUUUUGAAAGGUUUGUAUUUUAUUUAUGUUCGAUUUUUUUGCAUUACCCCAUAACUAAAUUCCAUAUGUCCAGACUGGUUUGAUCAAAGAUUUAUAAAUGAGCAGUUUUGUGUUGAUAUUAGUGUAUUUGUUAUGGUUAAUAAGUGUUUUGAGAAGGCGUAAACGAGAGCUUAGAUUUAAUAUGCUGGGCCUAGGUUAAUCUUUGAUCCAGUGUUAGCCCAAGAUAUUUAACUGUUUGUGAAUUUGGAAUAGAGAUACCAUGAAUGGAGACAGCUGGGCAGGGUGCAAGUCUAAGGGUAAAUGUACAAUGCACAGAUUUUGAUUGAUUUAUUUUCAACCACCAAUUGGUGUACCAUUCUUCCAUGAAGGAGAGAUGAGUUUGGAGAUGGUGGGAGGCAACAACCGAGUCAUGAUUCACUGAGAUUAUUGCUUUAUCUUCCACGUAGUCAGCGACUAUUGUGUUCGGGGAGGUGAGUUGGUCAUAUGCGUAGAUGUUAAAGAGCACAGGCAAAAGAAUUCCACCUUGAGGAACACCCGCCGAGAUUUUGGCUAUACUGGAGAGAGUUUCACCAAAACGAGUACUGAAAUAUCUGUCUGUUAAAUAGGAUUUAAUGACCAGGAAGUAUACAGGAUGUAAAAUUUUUUUCAAUUUGAAAAGUAGUCCGUCGUGCCAGACCCUAUCAAAUGCCUGAGUGAUAUCAAGAAAAACGCAUGUGCAAUUUAAUUUUUCGCAUCUACAACUCUAUGAACUUGAUGGAUUGUUGAGUGGGUAGAUCGAAAACCAAACUAGGAGUCGGGAAGAAUGGAAUUAACAGUUAAGCAAGGUAAAAUGCAUUUGAGUAAAAGUCUUUCGAGGAUUUUAGCAAAAAAAGGUAGUAGGCUUAUGGGUCGGAGGAGAUGGAGUCAGGGGGUUUAUUGGGCUUUGGAACAAGAAUAAUAAUAGAGAAUUUCCAAAGGGAAGGAAAAUAUGAUAGCCUAAGCACGGAGUUAUAUAAAUGUGUGAGGUGGAUGAUCGCUUGUUUUGGUAGGCACCUGGCAACUUCAGCAGUAAUAUGGUCAAAUCCGGGAGAUUUUUUGAAAGAGUAUUUGUAAAUGGCAUAUUUAACUUCAUUCAGAGUAAAGUGUUUGACAGGACGAGCUAGUGGUAGUGGGGAGUUUAGAUACUCUUCCACAGGGUUGAUGUUAUUAGGAGAGAAUAUAUCUGAGUGAGGUUUGAAUAUAUCAGAUAGAUAGAGUUUGAACAUUUCGGCUUUAUCUGAGUCAGAUAUAACAAGACUACCAUCAUUUUUUUUAUUGACACAUUAGGGGCUUUGGUUUUGCACGCAUUUUUUGUUGUUUUCCAAAGACUACCAUCAUUUGGUGAGAGAUUAGUUAGGAAACUUUCAAAAGAUUUUGAUUUGAGCUUAGCUAACAAUUUUUUUAAAUGAUUGGCCAGUUUGUUGUAUUUUUGCUUGUGUGAAGGGAGGCAGGUUCGUUGGUAAAGAGCCCUUGUCCUACAUUUUUCAACAAUGAUUUCACGAAUGUGGACUGGCAAAGUAGGAGUUUUAGAAGGGUUAAAAGUUGUGACUGUGGAUGACCAAGCCGCAGAUUGAAUUAGGUUGGUAAGAUUAUUAACAGCUAGAUCCAGAUUAUCAUUGGAUUUUAAUUUAAUGUUUAAUUUGAUUUGUUGGUCAACAAGGUCAUGAAAUUUACUUUUAUUAGUAGUAUAAUUAAAUAAUUUCGGGGAUUCCUGACGUAGUGGAGGAGAGACAUUAAGAGUUAGCAAUAUUGAAGAAUGGUCAGAAUUUAAAUUGAGAAUAUUCUCCAUAAUACAAUGAAUAUUGUUUGGUAUUUUCGUAAUAAAAAUAUCUAGAAUAUCUGGUUUUUUGCGAGUUGAGGUAGGCCAAUAAGUUGGACCAGGAAGAGCAAGAACUUUUAGAUUACCUCUAGUUACAAAAUUGUGAAGAACUUGACCGCGCGGAUUGUUAGCUCGGCAACCCCAGGAGUGGUGUUUUGCAUUGAAGGCACCGCCUAUAAUGCAAUUGUUGUGAAUAGAGUUAAAGUAAUAAGAAUAAUUUUGAAUUGUGAUCUUGUGUUUUGGAGGGGAGUAUAUGGCCGCAAUAGUAAUAGGAAUAUUAUUUAAUUUGAUGAUUAGGGCACAUAAUUGUAGAUAAUCCAAUCAAAAAUGUGGAAGAUGUUAAAAUUGGAUUGAAUUUUUUAUGAGAAUAGCAACACCACCGUGAGCUGUAUUGUCAGGACGGUUUGUUUUUAAAAGUUUAUACCCAGAUAUAUAAUUGUUGGAGUAUUUGGUGAAAUGGGUUACGGUUAUUAGUGCUAAGUCAAUGUGUAAAUUAUAUAGCACUGUUUGGAGUUCAUUGAUAAGAAUNUCGUUUAUCCGUGGAUAUCCUGCCAUCCUAUUCCACGGAUAAUCAGGAGUACACUGUAUCUAGAAUAUCUGUUUUUUUGCGAGCUGAGGUCGGCCAAUAAGUUGGACCAGAAGGAGCAAGAACUUUUAGAUUACCUCUAGUUACAAAUUGUGAAGAACUUCACCACGCGGGUUGUUAGCUCCAUAACCCCAGGAGUGGUGUUUUGCAUUGAAGUCACCGCCUACAAUGCAAUUGUUAUGAAUAGAGUUAAAGCAAUUAGAAUAAUGAGAAUAGGAACACCACCGUGAGCUGUAUUGUCAAGAUGGUUUGUUUUUAAAAGUUUAUACCCAGGUAUAUAAAUGUUGGAGUAUUUGGUGAAAUGGGUUUCGGUUAUUAGUGCUAAGUCAAUGCGUAAAUUAUAUAGCACUGUUUGGAGUUCAUUGAUGUGAUAUUUUUAUUCCGUUUGCAUUAAAUUGUAGAAUUAAGAGUGAUUUAUUUGUACCUGUGUUGUUUGACAUUUUAUUUAGCAAGAAGUUUUUCAAUUACUUUGGUAAGUAGUGACAUUAGAGGAUUUAUUAACGAUUUGAAAUCCUCAAGGAAAUUUGUGAUGGUAGUAUUUAAAUCAGGAGUAAUUGGAGGAGUCAAGUCAUUAGCUGUUCUACCAGAAAUGACUUGGACAUAGGAACGAGGAUCGGGCUGAAUUGGGUGGGUGUCAUUUAUUGGAUGACUAUCACUAACAGUUGUGGUAUUUACUCUAUUGUUAGUUGGUACAAAGUUACUUUUGAUAAAUGGUUUUUUGGCACACUGGAGAUGCUUGUAAAUGGAACAACCUUUGUAACUUGCAGGAUGAUCGCCUGCACAGAGUGCACACUUUGGUGGAAUCGAGCGUUAAUUUGGACAGUCCGAGGAUUUGUGAUUUGAGCCACAACGAACACGGCGUGUGGGGUAUCCACAGUAGAUUUUAGUGUGACCGUAUUCCUGGCAGUUAUUGCAUUGGCUGAUUGUUUUGGAUUUGUAGGGCUCUUCAACUUUAAUUUUUGUGUGUAGCAGUGAGGACAGAUUAAAUAUUUCAGUUGACCUGAUUGUUGGCUCUAAGUCUACGAAGAAGAGCGGAAGUGGAAUUUUAGUUUUUUUGUGGAGAACAUUUGUAACACGUCUUAUUUCAAACAGACAAACUUCAAGUUCUUCUUUAAUAGUGUCUACCUUUAUGGUUGGAUGAAGAUUCCGUAUAACGACACAGAGUGGUUUGUCUUGUUUAAGCUGAUAUGAAUGAAAUUCAGCUCCUUGAUCUUUUAGAAAAUUAAUAAGUGCUCUGUAAGAUUCAGGAUUCGAUGUUUGAAUCUUUAAACGGUUAGCAAACGCUUUACAGAAGAAAUUAUCUACCCCAAUUAGUUCAAUUAAAGCUGUACAUAGGUCUAAGUAGUUUUCCACGCCCCUCACGAAAACAAGAGAGGGGGGGGGUUGAAAACUUCGUCUGAGUUAUCAUUAUUUUGUUCCAUAGGCUGGUGCGAUGACGAGUUUAAGUCAGGCUCAACAUCUUGAUUUAGGAUUUCGAAUCGAUUUAAAGAUUUAAACAGUUUGGUUUUUUUUUUUUUAUAAUAUUUUGCGACUUUAUUGACCUGAUCGCUUGACAAUGAGGUUUGAGAUGAUGAAGAGUGAAUUCUUUUAGCUUUUGUAACAAGAGUAAAAUUUUUAUCUAGAUUAUUAAUUGUAGUUGUCUCAUCAUAUGUGGACCUAGAAGCAUGAGUGUUUAAAUUUGGAGGCCGCCUGGGCACUUUUGUUUUGUUUUUACUAUUUUGCUGAUUAACAAUAUUAUUAAUAUUUGACAUAAUUAGCUAGCUAGCUGCGGUGGUAGCGGCGUGUGUUAUUUUAUAAGGAGAACUAGUAUGAGCUAUUGUGUAAUUACGUAGAAGAUGUGAGUACUUAUAGUGAACUUAUGCAAAGUUUUUAACGAAGAUUUGAACGAACUUAUACAAUGGACGUUGUUACUUUAUUAUAUAAAAAUACUGUAAGUAAUUUUGAAAAAAAAAAAUAUAUACUUUUAAGUACAACUAAGUUUCAACUCUUUGUCACUGAUCACUAAUGAGUGUAAUUAUAAAUAAUUACGACGGGAACGCACAGAUAAAACGUGUGUAUCGGAUGGCUUCCACCGCGGGAGUGUGUAUAUCGAAUAGCUUCCACCGCGGGAGUAUGAAUUAUAAUAAUACUUAAUAAUAUUUUAUUAUAUUAAUUUGUAAGCAUUCAAUUUUUUAAACUUCAGGACACCUGCCUAUUUUGUGUUGUGUUAUAAAAAAAAUAGACUGCAGGAAAUCAAUGAAAAUUAACCAACAUUAGUCCAACACAUGUCCUUAAAGUUAGCAAUGCACAAUUAUUAAUAAUUAUAUCCAAAAUUAAGUGAUAAUUAUUGCUAAUUAUUUAUACUAUAUAAAAACUGUUGGCAUUUUAUUUCUCUAAAUAAAAAAAAUACAUACACAGCAAAACAAAGCUAACCUAACUAUAUAUAGACAUUAUAAACAGUAAACUUAUUAACAAAGACCUAACCUAACUUAACUUACUUAACAAAACUUAAAAUUUAAACAGAAAUUUAUUUUGCUUUUUUGUGGUACAAAAAAAACCGGAAAAUGUGAUAUACAUUAAUUUUCCUUCUAUAUUCUACCUUCCCCAUUUUCCACCUACAACAGUGGCUGCACUCAUCUCCAUUAUCCUAGAACACCUUUUUAAAUUAUGAAUUGUAUAAUAAUAUUAAUAGUUUAUUAAUAUAUUAUAUAAUAUAUUUUGUGAAAUUUUGUUUAAUUUAUAACAUACAUGAGUAACUUAAGAACAACAUGUUAGUUUAUAUCACAUAAGUUUGGAUUACUAAAACUGUAGCACUUAUUAUAUUAAAUGUUCUAAGGUCCUCUCGUAUAGAUGAAAAUACCUCGUACCAAGAGUUACCAUCAGCAAAAAGAACAGUGUUAUCAGCAUAACACACUAGUUAACCAUGUAUCUUAAAAUUGUUUAUUUGGUUAAUUUGAAUAUUAAAAAGAAUGGGAGAGAGGUUAGUACGUUGAAGUACUCCAUAUGUUGUUAGUGUUUCUAAACUUAAGUAAUUAUUUAUUCAAACUUCAAAAUUUAUUAAAAUUAUUUAAUAAUAUUAAAUGGUUUAUAGUUUUGAAUGCAUUAUAAAUGUAGUUAGAUACUGUUGCAAUUCCUUGUUCAGUAUUUUGUUGGAUUUUACCAUCCCCUAUAAGAAAUAAUUUAUUUAAUAUUUUUGAUAUUUUAGCUAGUUUUAAGUUUAAAGUAAUUAAUAAACACUAUAAUUUUAUCUUUUCAGAUGUACAAUUAAAUCUGAAAAAGAAAUACAACAACCAAGUACACAAGCAAUUGAAAUAAAAAAAAAAAUUGAUUUAUUCAAUGAUUGUGAGUUUAAAAGUGUAUUAACUGACAAUAAAAACCAACCUCCACAGUAAGUUUUGAGUAAGACAGGUUAUUUAAGUAUACAUACUUAAUUUGUAUAUUUUAAUUAUGCAUAUAUUCAAAUUAUGAUUUUUGGAAUUUUUAAGUGAAUUGAAUGAGUAAUGAUUGAUGACUUUGAUCAUUCAUAUUUUUGCAUACUUGGUUUUUCCACUAUGUUUAAGGAGUAUUUUUUGGCUAUAUCAACUUCAGUUUUUUAGAAGAGAACCUACGUGUUUUGAUGGAAAUUAUCAAUCGAAAUAUUUUUUUGAAAUUUGACGUAUAGUAAACAAAAUUCAAACGUAAAGUUUCUGAUUUACUCUGCUUUCUAUACUAAGGAUAAUAGCAUUUUUAAUAUCAACUGUUUUGUGUGAUAGAUUAUUUUAUCUUCAGAAUUAUAGAGUAAUUAGUUAUUAAUUAUUAUACUUAUUAUAGUAUUUAUAGCAGAAAAACUCAAAAACUUUUUGUUCAAAUUUUGACUAAAAUAUAAUAUGUUAACAUUUUCAGAAAAAUCAUUUUAUUGACAAUUAGCAUUAAAAUGUGUAAGCAUGUUCUCAUUUGAAAAAACAAAAUUUGAUAUUGCCACAGGAUAUUCUUUAAUUGUUUUGAAAAUAUCGCCUUUUACCACACUUAAAAAUUCCAAGUAUCAGAAUUUAAAAUUAUAUAUAAUUUAAUAAUGGGAUGAACACUGAUUAUUCUUAAAAAAAAAACUAUGUCUAUUAUUAUAAAUGUUUAAUAAAAAUGGCAUAAUGGAGAAGGGAUAUGUCACCCUCGUUCUUCUUCACAAGUUCACACCCUAAACGAUGUAUGGUUGUUUGUACACAUUUUCAUUGAUUUCAUGCAAUUUGUUUGUUAUUAAAUAUUAAAAUGACAUUGGCCUCAAAUUUUGUUGAGGGUGUAUUUUUUUUUAUUAUAAGGCACAGGAUUGGCGGGUGUCUCAGCCGAAAUUUUGAAAUCGCAAAAUAAAGACCACUCUAACAUUUCAAUAUAUUAUAUUUAUCAUACGAUAAUAAGUCUACUUGUUUUUAUUUUUAUCCGAAUACUAGGUUAGCCUCACAGUUUUCGUUUACAACAUUAUAGUUUUGCUCUAAUAAGGUGGUUGGGAACUGCUAUAAUAGACUAAAGUUUAAUACAAAACAAUUUUAAAAUACACCAAUACAACUAAAUUAACAUGAACAAAUGUAUAAAUUAUUCAUCAAAAAACUUAAAUGAACAUUUUUCAAUAAAUCUUUCUGUAGGUUUUGUUAUAUUGCCAGUGGGAAUAUCCAAAAUUAGGUUAUAGUUUUUUUUUUUACAUUGUGUUUGUUAAAUUUUCAGUUACAUGCACAACUCCAAAGAAGAAAUGGAACAAUCGAAUAUUCAAACAAUUGAAGUGAAAAACGAAUUUGAUAUCAUAAAUGGCUGUUUAUUUACAAGUAUAAUAACUAUUGAAAAUGAUCCUUUUGAAUUAAUUUCACAUAAAACAUCAAAACUAAGAAAAAAUAGUUGUACAUACAACAACAGUCUUAAUACAUUCAAUUCAAAAUCAGGUUUAACAUCACAUAUAAUGAAAUAUUUAAAGAAGAAGACACUUAAAUGCAUCAUGUGUACUAAAUCAUUUACUAAGAAGAAAUAUUUAAAAUGUCAUAUGAAAACUCACACUGAAAAACAAUGCAAUAUUUGUGAAAAAUCAUUUUCUCAAUUGACCGCUUUAAUACAGCAUAAGUUAAUUCAUACAGGAGAAAAGCCCUUCAAAUGUAAUGAGUGUAAAAAAUCAUUUAGGCAGAAGUCUCAUUUGAUAAGUCAUAUGAGGGUUCAUACAGGUGAAAAACCUUUCAAAUGCAAUGUGUGCACAUUAUCAUUUUCUCAAUUGGCCUCUUUAGUGAAGCAUAAACUAAUUCAUACAGGAGAAAAACCCUACAAAUGUAAUAAAUGUAAAAGAUCAUUUAGGCAUAAGGGUGAUUUACAAACACACAUAAGAACUCAUACAGGUGAAAAACCUUUUAAAUGCAAUAUCUGCCAAGUAUUAUUUUCUCAAUUGACCUCUUUAAAUCGGCAUAAGCUAAUCCAUACAUGUGUGAAGCCUUUUAAAUGCAAUAUUUGUGAAAAAUCUUUUACUCAAUCUUAUAGUUUAAAACUGCACAAGUUGAUUCACACAGGAGAAAUGUCCUACAAAUGUGAUGAGUGUAAAAAAUCAUUUAGGCAGAAGAGAUAUUUGACUAAACACAUAAAAACUCAUUCUGCUGAAAAACCUUUUAAAUGCAAUAUUUGUGAAGUAUUAUUUUCUCAAUUGACCUCUUUAAAUCGGCAUAAGCUAAUCCAUACAUGUAUAAAGCCUUUUAAAUGCAAUAUUUGUGAAAAAUCUUUUACUCAAUCGUAUAGUUUAAAACUGCACAAGUUGAUUCACACAGGAGAAAUGUCCUACANUUUUACAUGUAAUGUUUGA